AGCGAGAAACAUACACUGCUGCUGCUGCGGUACUUCACAUCGACUACACACAACAGUCGAAGCGUAUAGCCAGCUCUAUAAAGCAGCCAACACAGAAACCAUUACAGUUUUGAGUUUUCGUUCAAGUGGAUUGGGGAUUUUUUUUCCGUUCAUGCGUGCAUUUUUUUCAUUAUUCAAACAAUAACUUCUUGUGUGUUAUUUUUUUUUCGUUCGUUCGUUCGUUCUGUACGUUUCGUUCCCUAUGUGGUUAUAUUUUAUAUAUAUACACUAUUUUUUACACUCUGAUGCUGUUGCUGUUUCUGCCCUAAGCCAUUGAUACACGCAAUUAGUUUGUCUUAUUUAAUAUAAUAGCAUACACAACUACAUCGAUUUAUCGUCGUCGUAUGGCUCGGUCUCUUUUCGGUUGCGAAAAGAAAUAAGCAUAAAACACACGAAAAUGGAAUACAAAUUAGUCGUUGUUGGGGCAGGUGGUGUCGGCAAAUCCGCUCUUACAAUACAAUUAAUUCAAAAUCAUUUCGUUGACGAAUAUGAUCCGACGAUCGAGGACUCGUAUCGUAAGCAGGUCGUCAUUGAUGGCGAAACAUGUUUGCUGGAUAUCCUCGACACAGCGGGUCAAGAGGAAUACUCAGCCAUGCGAGAUCAAUACAUGAGAACUGGUGAAGGUUUCCUCCUCGUGUUCGCCGUUAAUAGCCCAAAGAGUUUCGAAGAUAUCGGAACUUAUCGUGAGCAAAUUAAGCGGGUCAAAGAUGCGGAAGAGGUUCCAAUGGUGUUAGUAGGGAACAAAUGUGAUUUGCAGGCGUGGGCCGUAGACAUGACCCAAGCAAGAGAUGUUGCCAAACAAUAUGGCAUUCCAUUCGUUGAGACAUCGGCCAAGACACGUAUGGGCGUUGAUGACGCAUUCUAUACACUAGUGCGAGAAAUUCGAAAGGACAAAGAACAACGUGGAAAGAAAAAUCGGAAAAACAAUAAAUUACCGCAUCGUCGAUUCAAAUGCACGAUACUUUAAAUACUACUUUUUUUGUUUGCUCUCCCGCAAUAUUUUCUCUCGCAUCAUAAAUUCUUUUGUUUCUUCUCUAUCUCAAACCGUUCUCUAUAUUUUUUUUUGUCUUUUUCCGUUUUAAAACUCUUUUCUUAAAAAAAAAAAUCGUCAUUCGGAAGCACGUGAAGAGAAGAAUGAAAGAAAUUUGAUUAUCAUUUGGUUCAAAGAUUUCUCUAUCUUUUUUUUUCCUUUGCAAAUUUGUAGAAUUUUAGACAUUUGUGUAAAAACAAAAAUGCAUGUGAAGAGCACAAACAAAAGAUAGGCAUUGUGUAUUACGAAUAAGUAUAAUUCAUUUUGUCUGUCACACACAACGCAUGCCGUACAUUAUUUUUUUCACGUCAUCGUCGCCGGGUAAAAAUCGCACACGUUAUUCGUGAACAUCAAUUCCUUCGUCAUCAAUGAUAACAGCAAAGGAAAAAAAAACAGAAGAAGAAGAAAAAAAAAUGUGAAGCAAAUCAAGUAUAUUUUUAUUUCGUGUAUAUGCUUUAAAACAACACACUCACUUUGAUAUAUAUAUAUAUAUAUAUAUAUAUAAAAUAAUUGAGAAAAUUUAUCCGAAAUUAUGAAUUUACUACUUAUUAACUGAAAAAAAUUAUUAUGUAUAAAAGAAAACAAACACAUUUAUUGGAGUUUUGAAUGCAAAUCAGCAGAAAAAAAAAUCUAUUGAAAAUUAUGUAAAGGGAAACAAAAAAGCAAAAAAAGAAAUCAAACAAAAACAAAACCAAUUGUCAAUGUAUGCAAAUCCGCGAAAUUGUGGAAUUGACUAUGAAAAAUAACCCAAGCGUUUUGCCGCUACUUGUGUCUAACUCUAUUGGACUGAUACCUGUCCGAUAGCAAAUUUAACAAAAAAUUGAAAGAAAAAAACAUUUUCAACUAUAUUCAACAAGGAAAACAAAACAACAUCCAAACAUUUAGAAAUGAUGAAUUUACAUGAAUGAAAAGAACACGAAAACAACAAAAAUUUAAUCAUAUUUUAGAUAAAAUGCAAAAAAGUUGAACAAUUGUUUGUAAUAACAGAAUAUUUUUGUGUAUAUAUAAAAUUGAGAGUGAAGAGAAGGGAAUGAGAAAGAGUUUGAGACACUUGUGUGACGUACAGUAUGAUUUUUGUGUUGUUGUUUUUUCGGCGGACACGGUGAAAUGCCAUAUAAAGUGCGAACGAAUCCUAGUUGGGCAGAAACAGAAAAAGAAAAUUGUGAUUAAAAACAAAAAUAUUUCCGGGGUAAAACCAAUACUUUUCCUAUAAAUACUUGCGGAAAAGUAAAUUGAAUCUAGUGAUUUGAUAAACAUGAUUGGCGCAUGGUUUUUUUUUUCUUCUUCGACGAAUCGAUGUCAGUCCGCAAUCCAUUUUAAAUCGAAGUUAUACAGUCUCAACCUGUCUUCAUCAUGCACUCUGACAUACUUUAUCUCGGAAGACUAGUUAAGCUACGCCCUAAAGUGCUACCCAAUAAUUUUGGUUUUAAUUUUCAUCGUAGCUGAAGUGAGAAACAAAAAACAGAGACUCUGCCAUGCAACAACCAAUAGAAAGAAGAAACAAUUUGAUCUAUGUUAUUGACGAACUUUAAGUUUUUAAGCUAUUCUCUCCGAUUAAUUUUCCCCCUGCAAUUGCCAACAUAUUUUAGUGCCAGUCUUCCAAAUAUCAUCACGGAGGAAUUUCAAAUGCUAGAAUUAACAAUGAAAUGAAGAAAAAAGAGAAUCACAUUUGCAUACACUGUUCCUAGAUUUGCAGUUGAAUGGCUUUCCUUGUUUCGACCAAAAGUAGAAAACAGACGAUGCCAUUGUUUUGACGGUGAACAGGAUGAUUUUGGUGCAAGAAAACAGCCAAUCAAAUUAUAUAAGAUACAAGAUAACACACAUAUACACCGACUAGAAACAAGAAAGAAACAUCAAAUUGAUUAAACACUACACGCAUAAAAAUAGAACAAUGAGUCGACAUUUCGUACUUCUUAUAUUCAGAUGCAAAUCAUGUUUUUUUUUUUAAAUAAAUAAUAAGCAAAUUUAAAAGCAGAUUUUUAAAAACGACAAGAAAAAACCCACUAUGAAUAACAUGAGAAAUAGAUAACACACACACAUACACUUUUUUAUGCUUUUAAAAUGGGAUGAACGAUGUAAUAGAGUGCCAUAAACUAUGAAAAUCCAGUAGAAAAUUCCUUUUUUUCUUUGCAACAAAACAAACUAAGCAUCAUCAUCAAUAACAAUUUGUUGUUCAGCUUUAUAAACUUUUUUCUGAAUUUAAAGAGUGAGAAGUAUUCUUUUUAAGUCGCACAACAUACACACUGAACUUGAUGGCCACAAUUUGAAGGACACACACUUUUCCAAACAAAUUUUGUUUGUGGGAAAGUAAAAGACAAGUAAAAACAUUCAAUGCCUAAUUUCUAAUGUCAAUCAAUUUCAGUGAACACUGUUAAACCAAUUGACUUGAGUGUUUUUUUUUUAACAGAACAAAUAUAACUUGGGUUUUGGAUUCAAGCGAAUAAUUUGCACAAAAGAAAAAUCAGACCGCAAUUUAUUACAUAAAUCUAAAAAGAAUAUAUAUAUAUAAUUGAAUUCAAGCAAAACUCAAUUUGUCGAUCAACUUGAAUAUUUCGUGUUUCCUUUUUUUUUCCUUAAAUAAAAAAAAAUAUGUUUAGUUCUAUCAACUUAUGAAAAACCGAAUAUGAAACAAUCCACAUGUUUUACCAAUGAAUGCUAAUUUGAUGCGAUCAACAGUAGAUCUCAAGAAAAAAAAAGAAAAAAGAAGAAGAAGUCUAGAGCGCUAAAAGAAAUGAUAGAAGAAAAAAAUGAAUGAAAAUUGUUUUAAUGAAUUUUAAUCGGCCAGAGGAAUUUUCACACAUACACAUACACACACACACCUACGUCUCUCUUAUUGUGUAACUUGAGAAAAAAAUAUUUUUUAAGAACAAAUAUCUAAAUGUAAAAACAAACAAUUAUGAAAUAAAAAUUUAAGAACUUUCAAAACAAAAUAACAACAACAUACAAACAAAAGAAAAAUCUAUUGAGUUUUUUAGCUUGUAAAGUCAAUCACGCGUGACAUCUGGUCAAUCAAUGGACUUUGGCCACGAUCUAUGCACACAAAAUGAAUAUAGUCAAUUGUUUGUGUAUUUCGUUUUUUUUUAUUCAAGAACAAAACAAAAUGCUCGUAAUUGUUUUUCUGUCCCAUUGUUUCGAUGCCAUUUCUGAGAAUGGAACAUUUUAUGGACGAAUUUGUUUGAUUUAUGCAACAUAACUACUGAUGUGCAUUAUCCAAUCGACAUUGAGAAACUUGUACACAAACAUAAACAAACACAACACAUAAAAUACGUAAGCAUGAGGAAAACCAAUUCAAUGUAUGGAAAGGAAUUAUAUGAUGUAAAAACUACAAUUAUUAUCGAAGAAGAUGAAAUAAAAUCAUUUACAACAAAACAU